CGUUAACAUUUUGUAUUUCGAAUUGUGGCAAUUUUUUGAACGCGUGGAGUGAAAUGUCAGCCACGUAAAAAGAUCCGUCAUUGACGAGAUCAAAUACUUAGUUACUAUUUUUCCUUUCUCGUCUUUAAAAACUUUUAUAAUACUAAAACUAAAAGACAGAAUGGCUGCAAAAUUAUUAUCCCUGAUUCUAAUCAUCGUGGCUGCAGUAGUAGCGGACGAUGAACCUACAGUGGCGAAGCUGUUGGUGUCAAAACAAGUGCUAAAUAAAUAUUUAGUUGAAAAUAUGGACAUUUUGGUGAAGUACACGCUAUACAACGUCGGCAGUGCACCAGCGGUGGAUGUGAAAUUGGUAGACAACGGCUUCCAUCCCGAAGUGUUCACAGUGGUGGGUGGGCAGCUAACCGCGCAGAUCGACAGGAUACCGCCACAAACCAAUGUCUCGCAUGUAGUCACAGUCAGGUCUAACAGAUAUGGUUACUUUAACUUUACCUCCGCUGAAGUAACAUACAAAGCUACCGAAGAUGCCACUGAGGUUGUGUACUCCAUCAGCAGUUCUCCAGGAGAGGGAGCUAUUGUUGCAUUCAAAGACUACGAUCGCAAAUUCUCAUCUCAUAUCCUGGACUGGGGUGCAUUUGCAGUUAUGACACUGCCAUCCCUUGCGAUCCCCUUCUUCCUCUGGUACUCCUCCAAAAGCAAAUAUGAAAAAUUAUCUAAACCUAAGAAAACUCAUUAGUUAAUAUUCAAUUAGUUAAGUAGACCAUUGCUAAUGUUAUGUGUAUUAAAUGUACGCUUCUAUUUCUUAAAAUAUAUUUUUUUAUAUAUUUUAAAAAUAUAUAUAAACCAUGGCAAAAUAAAAUGGAAAAUAUGUCUGACAUAUAAGAUAUAUAAGUAACAUAGAAUUUGAAUUGUAUUUGUAUUAAUUCAAUAUUUUUUGGUAUUUUGUAUACACAUAACAUUAGCCAUGUAAUUUCCACAUUAAUAAGUUAUAUGUUCAUUUUUGUUAUUAAUAAUUUAUAUGAACAAUCAAUAAAAAAGACUACUUUUUA